CAAUGAAGAACCAGAAUUUCAAUUAUUGAGCGAUGAAGAACCAGAAUUUCAAUUGUUGAGCAAUAAAGAACCAGAAUUUCAAUUGUUGAGCGAUAAAGAACCAGAAUUUCAAUUAUUGAUUGAUGAGGAACAA